AAAGUAGAAGAAGAAGAGAAGACAAGCGGGGAGAGACAGAAACUUUCUUCUCAAAGAGAGCUGAUCUUUUGAAGCUUUCGAGGGACGUCCAGAGGUCACCAGUGGAUUAUUUAUUUACCUGGGAGAGAGCACAUUAUAUUUAAAGGUUUUACCAGGGUUUUCGCCAUUCUUCCUGUCUGUCCAUGGUGGUUUGUAACAGCAAUACGAUCGAUAAUCCUCAUGAAGUGUUUUCAGAAGAAUGAAGACACCCGGGUAACAAGGGUGAAGACUUUACCCGACCGGAGGAGUUGAGCUCGGAGCCGACCGGAGGAGUUGAGCUCGGAGCCGACCGGAGGAGUUGAGCUCGGAGCCGACCAGACCGGAGGAGUUGAGCUCGAAAUUCAACAAGAUCACUUCCGGAUGAUGACAGUAAACAUGGAUGACGAGGAGGCGCUGAACUCCAUCAUGAAGGACCUGGCAGCUCUGGGUCGCUGCUACGCCCAGCAACACGACAGCAGCAGCCACAAACCCAAGCCAAGGACCUUGCUGUACAAACAGGAUUUAAGAGUCAAGCUGGAGCAUGAGAGAGAGAAACGCAUCAUCCCGUUCCAGCGACCUCUGAAAAUCAAGGAGCUGCUCCAGAAGGUCACAGAGGCCUUUGGACAACAGAUGGACGUCUUCUACACAGACAAAGAGCGUCUGGUUCCUCUAAAGAGCCAGGAGGAUCUAGACAGAGCGGUGCUCAACGUGGGCUCUAGCAGCCUGCUCAGACUACUGCUGAAAACUCCCAAGAACAACCACUUCCUACAGGUGGGCAGCAGGGACAAACAGAGCGAGCUUAGGUCGUCCCGUUCUCUAGGGGAUCUGAAGGGUUGUAUACUCAAGAGCUCAGAGAGGGUCCGAAAACACUCCACAGGUUCUCUCCAUGCAGGUCGUAGGUCCCCCCCUCCAGGCUCGGUUCCAGAGGAGCAGCAGCAGAUUGCCAGGCAGGGCUCCUUCACCUCUAUUCACACAGAGGGAGAGUUUAUACCUGAGGGCCUGGAUCAGAAGUUGCUGGAGCCCUUUGGGAGUGCAGGCAACUCUCUGUCCAGCAGCUGUCAAUCAAUAGACCAAGCAUUGGACAGCCCUCCUUUUCCCCAGAACAACCGAGACAACAACUAUCUGAGCCUCAACUAUGAAGGACACCGAGGGCGCCACAGUAAAGGAGGAACUUUCCCUCGUCAAUUCCACUUGUCCAAUGGCAGCAAAGACUACAGCGAUGGUCGGAGGACGUUCCCUCGGAGCUUCAUGCCUCAGGAGAACCUGUUUCAGCUGGUUCCAUCCAGUCAGACCCGGAGUUACAACGGAGACAGCACUCUACAGUACAGCGAUCUCCGUACGCUGGGCCGAGUCCCAGAGAAGAGCUGCCCCCGCAGGGAAGUACCCAGAUCUCCGCAGGCGCCGGUGAACUGGCGUCAGGGGAAGCUGCUGGGUCGUGGGGCGUUUGGGGAGGUAUACCUCUGUUACGACGCCGACACCGGACGGGAGCUGGCCGCCAAACAGGUGCCCUUUGACCCAGAUUGUCAGGAAACCAGCAAGGAGGUGAAUGCUCUGGAGUGUGAGGUUCAGCUGUUGAAGAACCUGCAUCAUGAGCGGAUCGUUCAGUACUACGGGUCUUCCAGGGACCUGGAGAAGAGGAAACUCACCAUCUUUGUUGAGUUCAUGCCUGGGGGUUCCAUUAAGGACCAGUUGAAGGCAUAUGGGGCGCUGACAGAGAAGGUGACGCGGCGCUACACCAGACAGAUCCUCCAGGGAGUCUUCUACCUUCACAGCAACAUGAUCGUACACAGAGAUAUCAAAGGUGCCAACAUCCUGAGAGACUCCACUGGCAACAUAAAGCUGGGGGACUUUGGGGCCAGUAAACGCAUCCAGACCAUCUGUAUGUCAGGAACUGGCAUCAAAUCCGUCACCGGCACACCUUACUGGAUGAGCCCAGAAGUCAUCAACGGAGAAGGAUACGGACGCAAAGCUGAUGUCUGGUCUGUGGCAUGCACAGUGGUGGAGAUGCUUACCCAGAAGCCUCCCUGGGCGGAAUACGAGGCCAUGGCAGCUAUCUUUAAGAUAGCCACGCAGCCCACCAAGCCCUUCCUCCCUGAGGGUGUUUCCGAGGCCGCCCGGGACUUUGUGCGUCAGGUGUUCAUAGAGGAGAAGUGGCGUCCCACGGCCGAGAACCUCCUCUCACACCCCUUCGUCCAAGGGGGGUUCUGACCCUGACCUCUAACACCCCCAGGGCCACCCUGCCUCCCAGGCCUCUCCACAGCUCCAGUCCUCCAGGCUUCUAGGACCCAGCACCACUCGACUCCAGGGCCCAGCACCAUGAUGCCAGACCUGAUCACAACCUGAGCCCCAGUCUCUCUCCUUCACCAGCUAACUGACCCCAGACCUGAUCAUAACCUGAGCCCUAAUCUCUCCUAUAUUUUGUCUGUCUUGUGAUCAGUGGUCACCUUCUAUAUUCUGUUAGGUUAAGAGCAAACUCUGAAAAUACAUCCCACCUGUCAGGACUGUAAGUUAGUCAUCUAGUGUCCCUGUUGUCUUUGAGUAAUAUUCUGCUUCAAAGGGGAUUGUGAACCAUUUUUGUAAUACAUCCUAGAUGAACACUUGCAGUUACCUUAACAGUUGAUGUCUAUACUUUGACCUGAGAUAUGUACAUUUAGUUUUGUCUGAAUUGCCAAAUGCCUUACAAUGACAAGUUGUAAAAUAGCAUUCAUGUACAUUUACAGAAUGACCCUGUUUCUACAUCAUAGCACUCUUUCUAAUUCGGAAAGAGACUAUUGCACAUUUUAUAGCAUGUAUUCAGUAGGUGCCCCAUUGCAGGAUAAUCAACAGGAAAAAAUUUAUGCUGUAAAUAUAUUUGACAUUUUUAUAAUUUCAUAAUGAGAGAAAUUUGUGUUUUUUUAAAUUCCACUGUUUGGAGAAAAAUACACAAACAUUUGUAUUGUUGUGAAUGGUUACUCGCCGUGUAUAAGCAAGCAAUUCUCCUACGCUGACCAGCCUGUUUAAAUCCACGUAUGUGCCGUGUUUCUUCUAUCCCAGUGUAUUGUUCACCAGCACAGAACUGUCCGAAGAGAGUUCAGUAAUACUCCUUGUUCUUCCCAGAGUUGGAAACAAAAAUAACUCUCCCAUCUAGAACAUGGAUUUGUUAGCCAGUGAAUCAGUCCUCAGCCUGAAAUCCAGAACAUGUUUUGUGAUAACUUUCAACUCCAUGUACAGUUGAAGUCGGAAGUUUACAUACACCUUAGCCAAAUACAUUUAAACUCAGUUUUUCACAAUUCCUGACAUUUAAUCCUGGUAAAGAUUCCCUGUUUUAGGUCAGUUAGGAUCACCACUUUAUUUUAAGAAUGUGAAAUGUCAGAAUAAUAGUAGAGAGAAUGAUUUAUUUCAGCUUUUAUUUCUUUCAUCACAUUCCCAGUGGGUCAGAAGUUUACAUACAGUCAAUUAGUAUUUGGUAGCAUUGCCUUUAAAUUGUUUAACUUGGGUCAAAUGUUUCGGGUAGCCUUCCACAAGCUUCCCACAAUAAAUUGGGUGAAUUCUGGCCCAUUCCUCCUGACAGAUGGUGUGACUGAGUCAAGUUUGUAGGUUCUGCCCACAAAUGUUCUAUAGGAUUGAGGUCAGGGCUUUGUGAUGGCCACUCCAAUACCUUGACUUUGUUGUCCUUGAGACAUUUUUCCACAACUUUGGAAGUAUGCUUGGGGUCAUUGUCCAUUUGGAAGACCCAUUUGCGACCAAGCUUUAACUUCCUGACUGAUGUCUUGAGAUGUUGCUUCAAUAUAUCCACCUUUUUUUCCUUCCUUAUGUUGCCAUCUAUUUUGUGAGGUGCACCAGGCCCUCCUGCAGCAAAGCACCCCCACAACAUGAUGCUGCCAUCCCCAUGCUUCACGGUUUGGAUGGUGUUCUUCAGCUUGCAAACCUCCCCCUUUUUCCUCCUAACAUAAGGUCAUUAUGGCCAAACAGUACUAUUUUUGUUUUAUCAGACCAGAGGACAUUUCUCCAAAAAGUACGAUCUUUGUCCACAAACUGUAGUCUGGCUUUUUUAUGUCGGUUUUGGAGCAGUGGCUUCUUACUUGCGGAGUGGCCUUUCAGGUUAUGUCGAUAUAGGACUCGUUUUACUGUGGAUAUAGAUACUUUUGUACCUGUUUCCUCCAGCAUCUUCACAAGGUCCUUUUCUGUUGUUCUGGGAUUGAUUUGUACCUUUUGCACCAAAGUACGUUCCUCUCUAGGAGACAGAAUGCGUCUCCUUCCUGAGCGGUAUGACAGCUGCGUGGUCCCAUGGUGUUUAUACUUGCGUUCUAUUGUUUGUACAGAUGAACGUGGUACCUUCAGGUAUUUGGAAAUUGCUCCCAAAGAUGAACCAGACUUGCAAAGCAAAGAGGCACUGAGUUUGAAAGUAGGCCUUGAAAUACAUCCACACUCAAAUUCUGGAAUUUUCCAAGCUGUUUAAAGGCACAGUCAACUUCUGACCCACUGGAAUUGUGAUACAGUGAAAUAGUCUGUCUGUAAACAAUUGCACAAAGUAGAUGUCCUAACUAUAGUUUUUUUUAUCAAGAAAUCCGUUGACUGGUUGAAAAACUAGUUUUAAUGACUCCAACCGAAGUGUAUGUAAACUUCCGUCUUCAACUGUACUCUGUUGUUUGGAAUGACAAUGCGUGGAAAGUAAGUGUAACCCGAGUGGAUGUGUGAUACUUACUCUUCAGCCUGAAUUGUCCCCACUUGCGCCAGCAAUUAGCUAGCUUUUCACAUGGCGCCGACUGGUAAGAUGCUUCAGGAGUGCAGUCGGUCACGCGUGCUAGCAAGGCAGAGGUCCCGAGUUCAGUUCAGUCCAGGUAUGGGCCAAAUCGGGACGAGGAGGUUACUCGCUAAGCAAGCAGUCCUUUACAUUAGCACAAAUAGAACGUGGAUCUCAGCCACUUUAUCACUCCAGGACCUACCCCUCUCCUGUAGAUGGAAGUCUCCCUGUACCGAGGACCUCUACCCCUCUCCUGUAGAUGGAAGUCUCCCUGUACCGAGGACCUCUACCCCUCUCCUGUAGAUGGAAGUCUCCCUGUACCGAGGACCUCCCCCUUUGCACUCCCACUCGCCAAGUGCCCUUUUGGGUGGUGGCAUAAUCAUUAUUUUUAUAUACAGUUGUUGUUCUGAACCCACUUGCCCCCAAGUUGGUGUACUUUUUUCAUUUUGAGCACCUUCCUCCUGGAAGGUCUGGACACGGCCCUGCUGUAGGUUGUCCUCAGAUGUUGACUGGCAGCUUGGUGCAAACUGUAGGCUACUGUGCUAGACUUGCUACUGCAUGGGACCUAAUGGGAAUGUGAUGUAAAGACUGUUCUGAAUGUUUUAGUAGCUGGUCUGAUUGAGCAGCAACAUCUCACAGGUCCAGGCGUUGCAUCAUAUCAAACCAAACAUUAUUCAAUACUGUCACCAUAUUGCCUUGAAUUGCAUGAUUCAGUCGUCAGCAUGAUUCACUAGACUGCGUCGGGUGGUUCGCUCACUAGACUGCGUCGGGUGGUUCGCUCACUAGACUGCGUCGGGUGGUUCGCUCACUAGACUGCGUCGGGUGGUUCGCUCACUAGACUGCGUCGGGUGGUUCGCUCACGAGACUGCGUCGGGUGGUUCGCUCACGAGACUGCGUCGGGUGGUUCGCUCACGAGACUGCGUCGGGUGGUUCGCUCACGAGACUGCGUCGGGUGGUUCGCUCACUAGACUGCGUCGGGUGGUUCGCUCACGAGACUGCGUCGGGUGGUUCGCUCACUAGACUGCGUCGGGUGGUUCAUUCUGUUUUAUCUUGGGCUGAGAAAGACUUGACAUGGCUUUAGUGUGUGUAUAUAUAUAUAGUAGUAGUAGUAGUAGUAGUAGUAGUAGUAGUAGUAGUAGUAGUAGUAGUAGUAGUAGUAGUAGUAGUAGUAGUGUAACUUUAGCAGAGGCACAACACAUCUAAAGGGCUGGAUCGGGAACGGCGACAGAAGGAGCAGCCAGCUAUGUUCUCCAUAACAGGCUAUAUCAGGCAGCAUCACCAUAACAGGCUAUAUCAGGCAGCAUCACCAUAACAGGCAAAUCAGGCAGCAUCACCAUAACAGGCUAUAUCAGGCAGCAUCACCAUGUAGCUUUAGGACUAUCCUCCCUCUCCUUAUAACCAUGUCACUCCCAUGUCACUCCCUCUCCUUAUAACAGUGUUACUAAGUUAUGAGCAAACUGAUGGAUCAACAGUAUUCACCAUGCCACUGCCUUGUCUCACACUGCUCUUAGUUCAGGAAACAAUCACUUUACCUGACUGUGGAACACAUUUAAUAAACGACCUGACUGUGGAACACAUUUAAUAAACGACCUGACUGUGGAACACAUUUAAUAAACGACCUGACUGUGGAACACAUUUAAUAAACGACCUGACUGUGGAACACAUUUAAUAAACGACCUGACUGUGGAACACAUUUAAUAAACGACCUGACUGUGGAACACAUUUAAAUAGGUGGUGAAUGUGCAUUCUAAUGUAAUGUAGGCCUGUGCUGCCCAAUGCCAGAGUCUAGAUGCUGUGUUGUAGAGGGACAGACGGCACAAUGCCAGAGUCUAGAUGCUGUGUUGUAGAGAGACAGACGACACAAUGCCAGAGUCUAGAUGCUGUGUUGUAGAGAGACAGACGGCACAAUGCCAGAUCUAGAUGCUGUGCUGUAGAGAGACAGACGGCACAAUACUAGAUGCUGUGUUAUACACAGAGCACAUUAUUGGCUUUGCUGGCGUUCUCCUGUAAUAAAUAAAUUAUUGUACUGUAAAUACAUAUUUUAUGGCACUUUUAUAUGAAAUGACAUUUCAUUAUACCUGUUAGAUUCCCAUGCUAUAGAGAUUGUCUGAUCCAGAGAGUGGCUCAUGACAAGGAGCAGUAUGUAUGGACUGUACUAUAUACACUGCUCAAAAAAAUAAAGGGAACACUAAAAUAA